AUGUCCUACUCUCUGUAUAUCGGAAACAAGCGUUACUCCAGCUGGUCCAUGCGGCCCUGGGUGCUCUUCACUGCCGUCGGCGUCCCCUUUGACGAGAAGCUGCACAUCUUCCAACCUACGCAGCGUCAACCCGAAUUCAUCGCCUUUUCGCCCACCGCCAAGGUUCCCUGCCUCCACGACACCUCCUCCUCCUCUUCCUCUCCCGUCGUCGUCUGGGAUUCUCUCGCCAUCUGCGAGUAUGUCGCCGAGACCCACCCCGCCGUGUGGCCCGCCGACCGCGCCGCCCGCGCCUUCGCCCGCAGCGCCGCCGCCGAGAUGCACGCCGGCUUCCCGGCCGUCCGCGACCAGUGCUCCAUGAACGUCGGCCUACGCAUCGAGUUUGGCCCCGUCGGCGCCGACCUCCAGGCCGAGCUGGACCGCAUGGCCGCGCUCUUCGUCGAGGGAUUGGAGCGCUUCGGCGGGCCGUGGAUCGCGGGGCCAAGCUUCUCGGCGGCGGACGCGUUCUUCGCCCCGAUCGCGUCGCGCUUGAAGACGUACGGUCUGGCGAUCCCGGGCAAGGCGGGGGAGUAUGUGGAUCGCCUGUUUGAGCAUCCGGCGGUGCAGCGGUGGGUCAAGGAGGGCAUUGCGGAGGAUUCACGGGAGCCUUUCCACGAGGAGGACUGCGUGCGGGGACGCAAGAUUCUGCAGGAUCUUCAGCACUCAAGCUAG